ACCCCGUUCCAGCCUGGGUGACAGAGCAGACGCUGUCUCAGAAGAAAAGCAAAUAGAAAAAAAGUUUCCGUCUUGCAUAAUCUUCAUCUCUGGAUUUUGGCCUCUGUGGCUGGUUUUGGCCUUUGUCUCUCAAAUGUCAGGCUCCCAUGACAGACAGGUGCUGCACAGCUGUGGCUUCUGGGGACUGGAGGCCGGGGUGCUGCCUGGCAUCCUCAGGCAGGCAUGGGGCCUGUGGUUUGCUCUCAGGUGCUCAUUCCCUUCUGUGCCUGAGCGUUUUUCCUCUGGGCUGGUCACUUUCCUGGAGAUGCCCCUUCUCCAACCCUCAUCUGCCAGGGUCCGGGCGACCCUGAAAGGUGCCGGGAUCUGAACAUUCCUGAGCCUUGUGGGACUUCACAGUACAGCCUGGCUCAGGCCAGGCACCCUCGGGGGCCUGGGGGGCCCUGAUUCGGUUGUCACUCAUCCUUGUGCUUUUCAGCUUCCAAACUCCUGCUGCUGCCAAGACGUGCCCUGCUCUCCCUGUCCUUAGAAGGCCACGCCAGUUCCAUCCUUGGCCACCGGCUGGGGCCAGGGGCUUGGGCAUCAGUCUUUCGCCUUUGGUUCUGCCUGUCUUGUCCUUUUUAAAAUGGAUAUGUGUUUAACAUACGUGAGAAAGUUCUCUGUAUCUAGCGUUUUAAAAACCCACACCAAUGCCUUGUUUCCUCAUGCGUGCUUGAACUCCAUGGCACUGCCCUGGCUGGUGCACACGCGCAGGGCUCUGCUUAGUGAAGUUGGGUGUGGCUUGCACCCCUGACGCAUCGCGGCCCAGUGCUAGGAGUCCUGCUGAAAUGCCCGCCGUGUCUAUUUUGUGUCUCUGGAGACAAUCUCUGCCUAGGGGUUAGGAGUCAAGGAGGGGAAGCCCUUUAAAGGGGAAGGAAGGAAGUUCAUAGUUGUCCCCUUCCUUCGGUUCAUCUGGAGGCAGAGCCAUCUGGAAUGCCAAUGCCCUCACCUGCCCACAGGCUGCCGCCUGGCCCCAACCCCUGUUCCUCUGCUGCCGCUUGCCCCCAGCUUCUGCCAGCCACCGGACUCAGCAAGUCCUGAGCACGCGCAGAUGCUGGACGAGAACCACCACCUGAUCCAGUGCAUCCUGGAGUACCAGAGCAAGGGCAAGACAGCCGAGUGCACGCAGUACCAGCAGAUCCUGCACCGGAACCUGGUGUACCUGGCCACGAUCGCGGACUCCAACCAAAACAUGCAGUCCCUGCUUCCCGCCCCGCCCACGCAGAACAUGAACCUGGGCCCCGGAGCCCUGAGUCAGAGCGGCUCCAGCCAGGGCCUGCACUCCCAGGGCAGCCUGAGUGACGCCAUCAGCACGGGCCUGCCACCCUCCUCCCUCCUGCAGGGCCAGAUCGGCAACGGGCCGAGCCAUGUGUCCAUGCAGCAGACGGCGCCAAACACGCUGCCCACCACCUCCAUGAGUGUCUCAGGGUCCGGCUACAGCCACGCAGGGCCCGCGUCGCAGGGUGUCCCCAUGCAGGGGCAAGGCGCCAUUGGCAACUAUGUGUCUCGGACCAACAUCAGCAUGCAGUCCAAUCCAGUCUCCAUGAUGCAGCAGCAGGCGGCCACAUCACACUACAGCUCCACGCAGGGUGGCAGCCAGCACUACCAGGGCCAGUCGUCCAUCGCCAUGAUGGGCCAGGGCAGCCAGGGGAGCAGCAUGAUGGGGCAGCGGCCCAUGGCGCCCUACCGGCCCUCCCAGCAAGGCUCCUCCCAGCAGUACCUGGGCCAGGAGGAGUAUUACGGCGAGCAGUACAGUCACAGCCAGAGUGCCGCGGAGCCCAUGGGCCAGCAGUACUACCCCGACGGCCACGGCGAUUACGCCUACCAGCAGUCAUCAUACACAGAGCAGAGCUACGACCGGUCGUUUGAGGAGUCCACGCAGCACUACUACGAGGGAGGAAACUCUCAGUACAGCCAGCAGCAGGCCGGGUACCAGCAGGGUGCCGCGCAGCAGCAGGCCUAUUCCCAGCAGCAGUACCCCAGCCAGCAGAGCUACCCCGGGCAGCAGCAGGGCUACGGGCCUGCCCAGGGAGCACCCUCGCAGUACCCCGGCUACCAGCAAGGCCAAGGCCAGCAGUACGGAAGCUACAGAGCACCGCAGACGGCGCCCUCUGCCCAGCAGCAGCGGCCCUAUGGCUAUGAGCAGGGCCAGUAUGGAAAUUACCAGCAGUAAGGGACACAUGGCUGGAGCCCUUGUGGUAGCGUGUUCAUCCAGGGGCCGGAUGGGCUGGCGGCAGCUCUGGUGAAUUGUGACAUGUUGGUUACCCUUUCACCCAGUGCCACGUCUGCAUGUGAAACGUGCUCAUUUCAUGCUGGGUAUGACGCCGAGCGCGCACCGCUGGCGCGAGACGGCGCUUGGCAGUGUGAUACUUUUGGUGCUGUGUAUAGUAUUGUAUGUCGGUACAUGGAGAGGUAUCCUUUUUUUGUCCCCCUGCCCCCUUCUCAAUGUUUCUAGCUACUUUGGGGGUCAUUUUGUCAUCAGAGCAUUUCUGUGUCCAGGGAUGGGACGGAUCUCAAAGACACCGUAGUCCACCUGUUCCGAUCAACAGACCUUAGGUCUCAUUUCUCUCAUACAGUUGCUGUAACGUGGGUUGUCAAUUUUCUUUAACUGGCUACACCACAGCUAGAUACACAUGCAGCCCCUGGAGAGCAGCCUCUUCCUGUGCCUCGAUGGGUGGGUGGGAGGGUGUCUUCUGUGUGUUGGGUCAGUUUCUGUCAUGUAACAAAAAGAAGAAACAUCUCCCUCGGGAGAAGCCACAGAUGGCCACUUCCAGAGCUUGCUCAUGGCCUGUCUCUCACCAAUUCCGUUUAUCCAAAAAGGUACAUGUUCUUGUAUUAAAAAGUAAACAGGAAUCAAUGACUGUAUUCCAAAUAAACAUGAAUCCCUAAGGGUCCUGGGCGUCGCCUGACCCGGGGCGCGCAGCGUUGCUGAAGGAAAGAGGGGCAGCUCUCUGGGAAGUGGGCCGUCAAGAGAUUACUCUGGCUUUGACCCUUGUUUAGCUGAUGGUCAUUUCUGGGAUUGGAAUAUUUAAUACGCCCAAUGGUAAAUUGAUAGAUAAUUUAAAAUAUUGACACCAGAUUUUCCAAACAGUUGGCAAGUUGUUUAUUUUAUAUUAUUUCUUCCAGGACCUACUUGCUCAGAUCUCCAAGCAAGCAUUUCUUUUAUUUUAGGGAUGUCUGAAAGUCACAUCCAUUAACUUUACUGUGUUCUUUCUAAUGAAAAAUAAAGGUUUUAUAUAGUGAAACAAGUAAUUUUUACAUUUCUAGGAUAUUAAAUCCCAUUUCAAUUCUGUGUAAACAUCAAAGACAGCACACUUGGAAAAGUAUGGUCAAAGGAGAAAAAUCCUACGCUGCCAUUGAUAACUCGCAUGGACAUUUGAUCAACCUUUACUCGGAAUAAUACUCACAUUUGCUAUGAAUCCUUUUAAAAAAAAUCUUUGGAUAAAUGCUGGUGAAUUUCCAAGAACUACCAAGAAAAUACAAAAGAUAUCCAGUGCUUGAUAUAUGAGGCCUACUAAUAAUGACGUUUCUCUUUAAUUGAUGUUUCGUUUUAGUUAAAAGUAGUUCUUCAUCCAGAGUUAAGUGCUUUAGAAUUUACAAGGCACAUACGUGUUUUGCUUGAAUUAAUCCUGACAGCCCGCGUGAGGAAAUUUUUUUAGAGAUGAAGAACUGAGGCACAGAUUAAAGGACUUGGCUGUGCUGAGUGCCAGUUCUGUUGUAGGACAUUCUUCCCUCGUCCCUGAGACAGGUCUCACAGAAUUGGGGAUAGCAGUGUUUCUUUUGUAGGCAUAAGGGCUUUUUAAACCCUUAACACUGGUAAGGGCUUAAAAGUAAAUGUGUAUGUUCAUAUGACUGAAGAGAGUUCUUAAUUGCUAAUUGACAGAAGUAUUCGCAAUUUCAGUUAGGGAGUCUUCUCCCUUGAUUUUGUUCUUUUCAUGUCAAUUUUCAUAGAACUAAUUUGCAAACUCAAUCGGGGACUAAAAUUUCCCACUGAAAAUGUUAAACAUUUUAGGUAACUGUGAAAAUAGUUUAUUUUUAUUCCUUGCCAAUCUGGGAAUAUGCCUUUUGUGUGUGUGUGUGUAUGCGUUUUUUAAGUGCUGUAUUAAUAAUACUUUCUGAAAGGACACUUAUCCCAAAAUUUCAAUCUGAAAUGUCUUACAUUAAGAAUAUCUUGAAUGUUGUGUAUAUAUUUUAAAAAGCACUUUGCAAAAUAAGUUUGUACAUUUAUUUCCUAAUUUAUACAUGAUUUUUGGUGUUAAUAUAUUUAAUGAUUAAUAACAGAAUGUUUAUUUAAUGUGUUGUCCAUUUUCAUGUAAUAUUGUGGGGGAAAGUGAUGCCAGCAAUUCCUUUUCAUUAACUUAUUAUAUCUUCCGUCAUGUGAAUGUUGGGAAAAGCUUAGGCUAACAUGAGUUGUUCGUGAAGUGUGGUUGAUGGUGCUUUGUUUUUUUCUGACUACUUCUGUGGAAGGCCAGUAAAGCAGCAAAGGAAGACGUGAAAAUUGAUGCUCAUUCUUCUUCCUAUUGUUCCCUGGCAUCCAGCAAAUUGUUGAUUUGAAAAAUGAUGGUCACAAUUUUCAGAAGUGCUGACAAAUGUCAGAUUGGUACGCAAAAGCUCAUCACCCACUAGGGUUUGUUGUUGAAUCAACAGUACUUAGCAUGUUAAAACUGUACAUCAGAACUCAGGCCCAGAGUCUUUAUCAAUGGGAUUAAGGCGGACACAUCUCCUAAGAUAUGAAAAGAAACCUUAAUAUGCUCAUCUGGUUGGAGUCUACGUGAAGCUCUGAUUUUGUCAGGGUUUUUCUACUUAUAGGGGGCACCCCUUCAACACUGUACAGAGUGGAAGACUUUUCCAUUUCCAUUAAAAAAUGUUUAGCCACUUCAUUUCUAUUUAUUGAACAAGUCAAAUUUGUCUGGUUUGUGAGUACAGUACGUUUGAAAAACAUCCUGGAUAUCGGUUAAUUUUUUUUCGGUCGGAGUUUGACGUAUAAAUUGUUUAUGGUUUUGGUGUAAUCUCUUAAUAAACUGGUUCUUCAAAAAU